AUAUAAGAACGGCAUUAUUUUUGCCUUCCUCCUCCAAUUCGCUAGUGACGACCAAUAAUUCAAACAAGAAGAAGACUCUAAUAAACAACCCAGAAUCUAGAGCAACAGCAACUCAAGCAGCAGCAGCAGCAAUGAGUAUUGAUGGACUUUCAAAUGCUUUUUCUGUACUCGAUUUAGAUGUUGAUGAUCAUCAAGCCCAAACACCAAUAAUCACUACAGAUAAGGUUUCAAGGAAAGGUAAAAAGCCAAGUGAGAUGACAGUUGUAAAAGAAGACACGAAGCCAAGUAUAAAACCUGAUAAACUGGGCUUGCGUAGCCAUCCAACAACUUCCGAAGAAUACAGGAUGCCACUUGUUUGGAUCGACUUGGAAAUGACAGGUCUGAAUAUUGAAAUUGAUCGGAUCCUGGAAAUAGCUUGUAUCAUUACUGAUGGAAAUCUGGAAAAAUCUGUGGAGGGUCCUGAUUUGGUAAUUAAUCAGACCAAGGAGUGUCUAGAUAAUAUGGGGGAGUGGUGCAAAGAGCAUCAUGCAGCUAGUGGGUUGACCGAUAGAGUUCUAAACAGUGCAAUAACAGAACGAGAAGCUGAAAAACAGGUUAUGGAAUUUGUGAAAAAACACGUUGGAUAUAAUACAGCUCUACUAGCUGGGAACUCGAUUUAUGUGGAUUUCCAAUAUUUAAAGAAAUACAUGCCUGAAUUGGCGAGUCUUUUCUCCCAUGUAGUCGUUGAUGUCAGCAGUGUGAAGGCUCUAUGUUGCCGCUGGUUCCCAAGAGAUAACAAGAAGGCUCCUUCCAAGGAAAACAAACAUCGAGCAAUGGAUGACAUUAGAGAAAGCAUCAGGGAGCUCAGAUACUACAAGCAAAAUAUAUUCAAGGCCAGGUCAAAAGAGUGAUGUGUAGUAUCACAUUGUGUUUUGAGUUCAUUGUAACUUGUGCUUUUACAUGUGUAAGCCGCUUAAUGUAAAACAUGGAUUGCUAAUCAUGAUUUCGGCAUACUCAAGAAUCACUGAGCCAAGUUCGGCUUUACAAACAUGUAGGUGCCAGAAAUGGGGUCUAUAUGAGUAUUACUUUGAUUUUGAGCGUCUUUUUCUUCCUCUAAAAUCUAAAUGCUCUUCUGGUGCGAUUAUCCAACACUGUCCACCAAUUUGUGUAAUUUAUUAAAUUGAAGUGCAGUAGCCCCAAUAACAACAUGAGGCAGCCAA